UGGAUUAGGGGAAAGGGUGAAGGGUGUUGAAUGGUUGGUCACCACCCCCGACACACCUCUCUCCCCUCUCCCAGUGCUCCAAUGGCUUCAUCUAUGACGGGAACCAGAUGCAAGUGACCUGUCCUCAGUGCCAGGGCAGCUUCUGUGUGGAGUGCAAGAGACCGUGGGAGCCACAGCACCAGGGUAUCAGCUGCGAUGAGUUCCAGACAUGGAAACGGGAGAACGACCCGGAGUACCAGGCCCAGGGGCUGGCCGCCUACCUCAAGGAGAAUGGCAUUGACUGCCCCAAAUGUAAGUUCCGCUACGCACUGGCUCGAGGCGGCUGCAUGCACUUCACCUGCUCUCAGUGUCAGUACGAGUUCUGCAGCGGCUGUUACAACGCCUUCCUCAGCAAAAAGGUCAGUAUCUCACAUUGCUCACAGCCUCUCGUGCCACGGUACCAACGGUAACCCAGCAUCCUCACA